GGAGGGUGCCUCACUGAGAAGAUUGCCCUCGCUAGGUUGGCCAGGAAAAGAUUUUUAGUGUUUCAGUGCAUCCCCGGGAGGGUCCCAGUCGUCCCCGGGGGAGCACAAGGAGUUGUGAAAAGUAACGCACAACUGGCCACCGGAAUAAUUCAUUCCCUCCACCUUCUCUUUAGCACCUCCCACUCCUCCCCUCUUUAUAGCCGUCCUUUCUCUCUGAAAUCUCAGGUUACUUGACUGGGAGUUCUCAGACCUCCAGUUUCAGUCCUGCCCUCAGCCUCCAGUCGGUGAGAGACACCCAGCCCCAGCAAUUGGAUUGGGCAGCCCGUCUUGACACACCACCGUGCUGAGUGCUUGAGGACGUGUUUCACCAGAUGGUUGGGGUUAGUGUGUGUCAUCACAUUCGAGUGGGGAUUAGGAGCAGGGAGCUGUGUGGUCUUCUCCAAGUGAGAGUUGCGGGCAAGAGAGCUACUUUGCCUUUGGAAGCAGAGGAGGAAUUCAUUUGCUGCAGCCACAAGAAAGGCAGUUUUUUCAGGUGCUGACUGCCACCCACCACUGUCUGAAGAAGGCGAACUUGGCAGAUGACGUGAAGGUUCUCCAGGACAGAGUAACUGCAGAACAUCUUCAAAGGACCCCAUCUGCAGAUGGUCUGGAUACCUCUGAGCAUAGGAAUUGAUUCUUCAACCAGGAUACCUACUUCAAGACCUGCAGAAACCAGGAGGCUGAGACGUUUUGUCAGUUUUGCGACGUUGGACCAAACACAAUGAAGUAUUCUUGCUGUGCCCUGAUUUUGGCGGUCCUGGGCACAGAACUGCUGGGGACCCUCUGUUCGACUGUCAGAUCCCAGAGGUUCAGAGGACGGAUACAGCAGGAACGAAAAAACAUCCGACCCAACAUUAUUCUUGUGCUCACCGAUGACCAAGACGUGGAGCUGGGGUCCCUGCAAGUCAUGAACAAAACAAGAAAGAUUAUGGAGCAUGGGGGGGCCACCUUCACCAACGCUUUUGUGACUACCCCCAUGUGCUGCCCCUCCCGGUCCUCCAUGCUCACCGGAAAGUAUGUGCACAACCACAAUGUCUACACCAACAAUGAGAACUGCUCUUCGCCGUCCUGGCAGGCGAUGCAUGAACCUCGGACUUUUGCUGUGUAUCUUAACAACACUGGCUACAGAACAGCCUUUUUUGGAAAAUACCUCAAUGAAUAUAAUGGCAGCUACAUCCCUCCUGGGUGGCGAGAAUGGCUUGGAUUAAUCAAGAAUUCUCGUUUCUAUAAUUACACUGUUUGUCGCAAUGGCAUCAAAGAAAAGCAUGGAUUUGAUUAUGCAAAGGACUACUUCACAGACUUAAUCACUAACGAGAGCAUUAAUUACUUCAAAAUGUCUAAGAGAAUGUAUCCCCAUAGGCCCAUUAUGAUGGUGAUCAGCCACGCUGCGCCCCACGGCCCCGAGGACUCGGCCCCACAGUUUUCAAAACUGUACCCCAACGCUUCCCAACACAUAACCCCUAGUUACAACUAUGCACCAAAUAUGGAUAAGCACUGGAUUAUGCAGUACACGGGGCCCAUGCUGCCCAUCCACAUGGAAUUUACAAACGUUCUACAUCGCAAAAGGCUUCAGACUUUGAUGUCCGUAGAUGAUUCUGUGGAAAGGUUGUAUAAUAUGCUUGUGGAAACGGGGGAGCUGGAGAACACUUACAUCAUUUACACGGCUGACCACGGUUACCAUAUUGGGCAGUUUGGACUGGUCAAGGGGAAGUCCAUGCCAUAUGACUUUGAUAUCCGUGUGCCUUUCUUUAUUCGCGGUCCGAGCGUAGAGCCAGGAUCAAUAGUCCCACAGAUCGUUCUCAACAUCGACCUGGCCCCUACGAUCCUGGACAUCGCUGGGCUCGACACACCUCCCGAUGUGGAUGGCAAGUCCGUCCUCAAACUUCUGGACCCGGAAAAGCCAGGUAACAGGUUUCGAACAAACAAGAAAGCCAGAAUUUGGCGUGAUACAUUCCUCGUGGAAAGAGGGAAAUUUCUACGUAAGAAAGAAGAAUCCAGCAAGAAUAUCCAACAGUCAAAUCACUUGCCCAAAUAUGAGAGGGUCAAGGAAUUGUGCCAGCAGGCCAGGUACCAGACAGCCUGUGAACAGCCUGGGCAGAAGUGGCAGUGCAUUGAGGACACAUCUGGCAAGCUCCGAAUUCACAAGUGUAAAGGAUCCAGUGACCUGCUCACCGUGCGGCAGAGCACGCGGAACCUCUACUCUCGCGGCUUCCACGACAAGGAAUGCAGCUGCGGAGAACCUGGCUAUCGCACGGGCAGAAGCCAGAGGAAGAGCCAAAGGCAGUUCCUGAGAAACCAGGGGACUCCGAAGUACAAGCCCAGAUUUGUCCACACUCGGCAAACACGUUCCUUGUCAGUCGAAUUUGAAGGCGAAAUAUAUGACAUAAACCUGGAAGAAGAAGAGCUGCAAGUGCUGCGACCAAGAAACAUCGCCAAGCGCCAUGAUGAAGGCCACCGGGGGCCUGGGGGUCACCAGGCUGCGGGCGACGGGGACACCAUGCUGGCAGACAGAGGCAAUGCCCUGGGCUUGCCCACCACCGUCCGAGUGACCCACAAGUGCUUUAUUCUUCCGAAUGAUACAAUCCAUUGUGAGAGAGAACUGUAUCAAUCAGCCAGAGCCUGGAAGGACCACAAGGCAUACAUUGAUAAAGAGAUUGAAGCUUUGCAAGAUAAAAUUAAGAAUUUGAGAGAAGUGAGGGGGCACCUAAAGAGGAGAAAACCCGAGGAAUGUGCCUGUAGUAAACAGAGCUAUUAUAAUAAAGAGAAAGGUGUGAAAAAGCAAGAGAAGGUGAAGAGUCAUCUCCACCCAUUUAAGGAAGCUGCUCAGGAGGUAGACAGCAAACUGCAGCUUUUCAAGGAGAACCGUAGGAGGAAGAAGGAGAGGAAAGAGAAGAAACGGCAGAGGAAGGGGGAGGAAUGCAGCCUCCCGGGCCUCACCUGCUUCACGCACGACAACAACCACUGGCAGACGGCCCCGUUCUGGAACUUGGGAUCUUUCUGUGCCUGCACGAGCUCUAACAAUAAUACCUACUGGUGUUUACGUACAGUUAAUGAGACACAUAAUUUUCUUUUCUGUGAGUUCGCCACUGGCUUUUUGGAGUAUUUUGAUAUGAAUACAGAUCCUUAUCAGCUCACAAACACCGUGCACACAGUGGAACGGGGCAUUUUGAACCAGCUACAUGUACAACUCAUGGAGCUCAGAAGCUGCCAAGGGUAUAAGCAGUGCAAUCCAAGACCUAAGGGCCUUGAAGUCGGAAAUAAAGAUGGAGGAAGCUAUGACCUACACAGCACACGUAGGACAGAGCAGAAGAACCCACCCUUAAGCUGGUCUCACCAGGGCUAUGGGCUGACGAGAGGACAGUUAUGGGAUGGAUGGGAAGGCUAACCAGCCCAGCCUCGCUGCAGAUGUCAACUGGCAAGGCCUGGAAGAUUUAUACAGUGUGAAUGAAAGCAUCUAUGAGUACAGACAAAACUA